AUGCCGUACGCCAACCAGCCCACGGUGCGCAUCACCGAGCUGACGGACGAGAACGUCAAGUUCAUCAUCGAGAACACGGACCUGGCGGUGGCAAAUUCCAUUCGACGAGUGUUCAUCGCAGAAGUCCCCAUCAUAGCUAUCGACUGGGUCCAGAUAGAUGCCAACUCCUCUGUGCUCCAUGAUGAAUUCAUUGCACACAGGCUGGGCCUCAUCCCGCUCACCAGCGAUGACAUUGUGGAUAAGAUGCAAUAUUCCAGAGACUGUACGUGUGACGAGUUCUGUCCGGAGUGCUCUGUGGAGUUCACCCUUGACGUCCGGUGCAAUGAAGACCAGACUCGUCACGUCACAUCCCGCGAUCUCAUCUCCAACAACCCCCGGGUCAUACCGGUAACAUCUCGGAGCAGAGACAACGACCCCAAUGACUAUGUGGAGCAGGACGACAUCCUCAUUGUGAAGCUGCGGAAGGGCCAGGAGCUGAGACUGCGAGCCUAUGCCAAGAAGGGCUUUGGCAAGGAGCACGCCAAGUGGAACCCCACAGCAGGCGUAGCGUUCGAGUACGACCCGGACAACGCGCUGAGGCACACCGUGUACCCCAAACCGGAAGAGUGGCCCAAGAGUGAGUACUCGGAGAUCGACGAGGAGGAUGCUCAGGCUCCCUACGACCCCAACGGGAAGCCAGAGAGGUUUUAUUACAACGUGGAGUCCUGCGGUUCUCUGCGCCCGGAGACCAUCGUUCUGUCCGCGCUGUCUGGCCUGAAGAAGAAACUGAGCGAUCUCCAGACCCAGCUGAGCCAUGAGAUUCAGAGUGACGUCCUCACUAUAAACUGAGGUGGCCCCUUGCACGAGAGUGCUCAGGCAUGAGUGAUGCAGAAGGUUCCAGCGCUCUGGACCGAGGCUUUUGCCUCCCCAUCUCUCUCUGCCUUUCCCAGCCCAGCUCUGCUGGCCAGUGACACCUCUUCCUUGGCCCCCCUUCCCAGGGAAAGCCAUCGUGAUGCGUAGGGUGAAGCAGGAAGGGAAUCAGUGAGCAUCUUUGCUGGGACAGGCUUUCUCUCUAAGUGAUCCCAGAGUUUGAGGCCAGAGUUUUGGAUUCUGGCCACGUAGCGUUUGGGAUCGGGAAGCACGUUACACAACCCUACCUUAUUUGCAUGUCCGUUCCUUACUGUGCUGAAUAAAGCCU